AUGGAAACCAAUACGAACAUUGCUGGAUGUGGCGGAGUAAUGAGAGACGCCUCGGGACACUGGAAAGCUGGAUAUGUACACAAUAUCGGCAUAUGCUCGCCGCUUCAAGCAGAAUCGUGGGCCCUUCUCAAAGGCCUUCAACUCGCUACUACGCAUGCGGCCAGAAAAGUUAUUUUUGAGAGCGACUCUAGCGAGGUGGUUAGGCGAAUGAACAACAGCCACGUUGAUGCUACUGACUCCAACAUUAUACUUGCAUGCAAACAUGAAUGCCGACGCUUUGAAGAGGUAAAAAUAUUGCUGAUUGCACGAGAGAAAAACGCAGUGGCAGACUUUCUAGCCAAACUCGCCAAACAGUAUGCUCAAGGAGUGCAUAUUCUCACCACCCCACCAGUUGAAGUAGCUAGACUAUUAGAAGAAGAUGCUACCGGAAUCCCACAAUGGCGUUUUAGCGUUAAAACCCGCUGA